AUGGCGAGGGGAAGUGGAAGUGGAAGUGCACACGUUGUAGCGUUGGCGUUUCCCCAAGCAGGUCACACAAAUCCCAUGCUGCAAUUCUCAAAGGACUUGGCUUCCCAAGGCGUCAUCAUCACUUUCGUCAGCUUCGCCUUUGACCACCACAGAAUGUUAAAGGCCGAUAAAACACUGCAACGAAUGGGUAUACGUCUUCGGUUCGAGUCCAUUCCGGACCAUCUUCCCCCCGGAGUGGAUAUCGUUUCAGAUCUUUUUAAAAUUUUCGGGCAGUUAUAUCAGAUGGAAGGAUCCGAUUUGGAAAAGGUCAUCCAGCGACUCAAUGUAACGGGACCUCCUGUCACUUGUAUUCUUCAUGAUGUAUUUAUGCCCUGGGUUGCCCAGGUUUCGCACAAUUUAAACAUCCCCCGAGCUGUUUUCUACACGCAGUCUGCAACUGUUGGCGCAAUCUAUCAUCAUUUUAAAUAUGUGCAGAAGUGGAAUAACUGCGAACAGGACUCGAAAGACGCUGUUGUCAUUCCGGCUAUCGGCGAGAUGAGAAUGCCCGAUUUGCCAUCAUCGUUUUUCCCUCCACUUCUCACUGCUGGUUAUCUCGACAUCUGUCUAAGUCUCGUCGAUAGUUUUAACCGCGCGUCGUGGGUGAUUUGGAACUCGUUUGAUGAGCUCGAAGGUAAAGCGAUCAAUCACCUGAGGGAAGCAAAUGUUCCCGUCUGUACGGUGGGUCCACUCAUUCCCUCCGCCUUUCUGGACAGAAGAAAUAGCGAGGACACGCAGUUCGGCGGCAGCCCGUGGGAAGAAGAGACGGAGGAGUGUAUGGAAUGGCUCAACUCCAAGCCUCCUCACUCUGUUGUCUACGUUUCCUUCGGCAGCAUAGCCACCAUUAGUACAAAACAAAUCUGGGAAAUAGGUCGUGGCUUGCAGAGCAGUGGACAGAAUUAUUUGUGGGCGAUCCGUCCCUCUGCAGGGCAGACAACGGUAUGGGAAAACUUUUGGGAGGGGUUUGCGGAGGAGAUUGGAGAUCGGGGAUUGAUUGUGAAGUGGAGUCCUCAGCUCAAAGUGUUGAAUCACCCGUCUGUGGGAGCGUUUAUGUCUCACUGUGGGUGGAAUUCGACGCUGGAAGCCCUGAGUUGUGGGGUUCCGCUGCUCGCCUGCGACCUCCGCUUCGAUCAGCCCGCCAAUUGCAAACUUAUCGUGGACUUGUGGAAGAUGGGGAUCAAAUUGAGGCGGACGCAGAAUGCAGAUGGUGAUGUGAUGUUUGCGUGGGAUGAGAUUGAGAGAUGUGUGAGAAGAGUGAUUUGCAGUGAGGAGGGUGCAGAGCUCCGAAAGAAUGCAGUCCGAUGCAAGGAGUCUGCAAAAAAAGCGAAGAUGGAAGGUGGUUCUUCACACUCCAAUGUCAAUGGAUUUGUUAAAGAGAUUUCAAAAUGA